AUGGCCAGUUGUGAACCGUGUUCCCAGCCUGAGGAGGAGCCUAGCUCCUCGGGGUAUCCCCUGGAUGUGGUGGUGGAUGAAGAAAUCCCAGGACCUUCAGCCCCUUGGGUAGAUCCCAGCCCCGUGCCUCCGUCCCCUGGCCAGAAGAGGAAGAGGGAAUGGUCAGUGGCUUUCGAGGAGGAGACAGAGGAGGAGCUAGUGCCCGACGAAGACGGCGCCUGGGUCGUGGAGACGCUGUGUGGGCUCAAGAUGAAGCUGAAGAGACAGCGGGUGUCAUCAGUGCUCCCUGAGCACCACGAGGUCUUCACCAAGCUACUUGCCCCUUGGGUAGAUCCCAGCCCCGUGCCUCCGUCCCCUGGCCAGAAGAGGAAGAGGGAAUGGUCAGUGGCUUUCGAGGAGGAGACAGAGGAGGAGCUAGUGCCCGACGAAGACGGCGUCUGGGUCGUGGAGACGCUGUGUGGGCUCAAGAUGAAGCUGAAGAGACAGCGGGUGUCAUCAGUGCUCCCUGAGCACCACGAGGUCUUCACCAAGCUACUUGAGGAUCGUGUUGUUAAAAGAUUCCUAGCCUGGGACAAAAAUCUGAUGGUAUCUGACAAGUAUCUCCUGUCUAUGGUCAUAGCUUAUUUCAGCAGGGCUGGCCUCUUUCCCUGGCAAUACCGACGGAUUCAUUUCUUCAUAGCGCUCUACCUGGCCAGUGACAUGGAGGAGGACAACGAGGCCCCUAAACAGGCCAUUUUUUCAUUCCUCUACGGACGGAACCGUGCCCAGCGUCCCUUGUUCCACAAACUGAGAUUCCAAUUCUUCCGUUCCAUGGGCUGGAAGGCUAGGGUUACCCGGGAAGAGUGUGAACAGAUCCAAGCUUAUGAUCCGGAGCUCUGGGUGUGGGGACGACAUCGCACCCAUAUUCCCUAG